CCUGUGUGUUAGAGGCGGUACAGUCAUGCGGUAAUUUCAUGCUGGUGUGUUGCAGAGUAGGUUAACUACUUAUUUCACUUUUUUCGCUGGUUAAAGCUUUUCUACGGAAAAGUUCCAGGGUGAGAUUUUGUGACAGAAUGUCGACCUAUACACUUCUGGUUUUAUAUGGGAGUCAGACAGGCACGGCUCAGGACAUGGCCGAGAGAAUUGGGCGGCAGGCCCAGAGGAGGCGGAUGGAAGUACGAGUUCAAUCUCUGGACAGUUACAAUGUGGCAAACCUGAUAUCUGAGACUCUUGUGGUGUUUGUUUGCGCUACAACAGGGCAAGGUGACCCACCAGACAACAUGAAGAAUUUCUGGAGGUUUGUGUUCAGGAAAUCUUUGCCUAAUGGUUCUCUUUGUCGUCUGGAUUAUGCAGUGCUUGGCCUGGGGGACUCCUCGUAUCCUAAGUUUAACUUUGUGGCUAAGAAAUUGCAUAAGCGUUUGAUGCAGCUUGGUGCUAAUGCCCUGCUUCCGGUUGGCCUGGCUGAUGAUCAGCAUGAUCUAGGACCAGAUGGAGUGACCGACCCCUGGUUGAUUUCGUUUUGGCAGAAAACUGUGUCUCUGUAUCCCAUGCCUCCUGGAUUAAGUCCACUUCGUGAAGAAGAUCCUCUUCCACCUCGGUAUAUGUUCCACUUCCUGGAUGCCACCACAGACAAGCCAGUACAGAAGUCACACCCACCUGAUGACCAGGGCCCACCCUCUGCAGCACGACCUUUCCCAGCACAAAUGGUGUCCAAUCAGAGAGUAACAGACCUUUCUCAUUUCCAGGAUGUGAGGCUUAUUGACUUUGACAUUACAGGCUCCAACAUCCAGUAUAACGCAGGCGAUGUUGUGAUGAUGAGGCCGUGCAAUUCUCCAGAAGAUGUGGAGCAGUUUUGCCAGCUUCUCAGACUGGACCCUGACAGCUAUUUCAUACUUAACCCUGCUGAUGGAGGCACAGCUGUGGUUCCUGCACGUCUGCCUCAGCCGUGUUCAGUCAGGUACCUGGUGGAGCAGUAUUUGGACAUUGCUGCAGUCCCACGCCGCUCCUUCUUUGAGGUGCUCGCUACUUUAGCUACCAACGAGCUGGAACGAGAAAAACUAGCCGAAUUUAGCACAGCGCAAGGUCAGGACGACCUGCACAGUUACUGCAACAGACCCCGCCGCACAGCCCUGGAGGUUCUGGCUGACUUCCCUCAUACGACAGCAGAGCUAAGCGUGAACUAUCUGCUAGAUUUAUUCCCUGAAAUCCAGCCUCGCUCCUUCUCAAUAGCAUCUUCUCUUCUGGCACACCCUAACCGGCUCCAGAUCUUAGUGGCUGUGGUGAGGUAUAAAACCAGACUUCAAAAACCACGUAGAGGCCUUUGCUCCUCCUGGCUAGCAUCACUGGACCCUACUCAAAGUGAUGUCUCUGUGUCCUUGUGGGUGAAAAAGGGUAGCCUUAAGUUUCCCCAGGACCUUGAUACCCCUGCAAUAAUGGUAGGCCCUGGGACUGGUGUUGCCCCUUUCAGAGCUGCAAUACAAGAAAGGAUUGCUCAGGGUAAAAGAGCUAAUGUGCUGUUCUUUGGCUGUCGCUCUGAGACCAAAGACUUUUACUGUCAGUCAGAAUGGGAAGAAAAGGUCCAAGCUGGUCACAUGACCCUGUUCACAGCAUUCUCCAGAGACCAGGAGGAUAAAAUCUAUGUCCAGCACAGAGUAAAGGAGCAGGCCAAGCUAUUAUGGGACCUGAUUGCUAACAAGAAUGCAGUCUUCUACAUAGCAGGGAACUCUAAGCAGAUGCCUACAGGUGUAUGUGAUGCACUAAAGGAGGUUUUCCAGCAGGAGGGAGGUGUGACUGAGAUACAGGCACAGGAAAUGCUGGAAGCCAUGGAGAAAGCUGGUCGUUUCCAGAGCGAGACCUGGUCUUGAUUGACACUUUAGUAUAUUUAUUUCACUUACGGCCUUGAGUAGGAAAGGGGGACUGAACACAAGUGAGUUGUGUGUUAGAACAUUAUGCAGCAAAGGACUGGCAACCAGUAAACAUUUAACAUCAACAUUUACUCAAGCCAAUGAUGUUAUAAUUUUAUAACAUCACGCUUUAUGUCUGUGCCACCAAUAUGAUGGAAAAAAAAAGUAUUUUAAAAUGUUUGCCUUGCCAUUGUAUUUUUACAUUUGUGCUACAAUAAGCUGUCUGGGUGUGUUUACAUGCAGUCAAAGAUGUGUUAAUAAUCAGAUUAAAUCUGAUAAGAGAGCAGUAAUCAUUUCUUAGUUAAAGCACACUCUAAAGUAUUCUUGGAUUUCUGAGUCUGCACUGAAACUUGCUGGUAAUAAGAAAGCAGAAUUUAAUACAGCACCCACAAGAUGGAGACAAACCACUUGUGGAGCGACACUCAAACUGAUGGAAUUUAUUGGGUGGUUGCAAAGCAAAAAUCUGAGUAUUGCCUGACUCAUGUAAACUUCAUCUCCAAUUUUCCAAUGAUCCGAGUUUCCAAGCACCCACGGUUAUGUUAAGAUAAUCUGCAAAAAUCAGAAUUUAAAGUGCAUGUAAAUACACUUAAUGAGAAUCUGAUCACUUUUCAAACUCUAGUGGUUUGCUAGACCCAUAAGCCUUUUUUGGAUUUGCCUUAUGUUGUUAUAUUACCUUGUUCAUAAUGAGCCUACUACUAGAAUAUUGUUUCUUUUUUAUCUUAAAUUGUUUGUAUUACAAAUCUAAACCUGGACUACCACAGGACCAAGUUGUGUAGAACCAAAAUGAAUGAAUAUGCAUACACUGUACUUAACUAAAUACACUGAAAUGAGCCUUAAAUAAACUUAUGACUGAACUGAA